UUAAUUUUUUUUUUUAAGAAUUUGGUUCGGGGGGCAAAUAGAGUCUUUUCAUCAGUGAUUCGAUGAAAUAUCUUGGAUAUAUGUUGAAUUGCUAAAUACAUGUAUCAAUCAAAUGUAUUUCGUUCUGAUGGUGGUCAAUUCAAUUAGGUUUCGGUUCGACCUUGAACAAUUCAUUACAUUGAUAUUUAUCAAAUUCAAUAUCAAUAAACCACUUUUUACCUAUAUUCACUAGUUUAGCCUUUCCUCACUGGGUAAAUCAAAUCAAAUCUCUCACUUAUGAAUGAACUACUAUGAGUCUACUCCCUAUACCCUAUACUUAGUAUAAUAUACUUAUAUAUUAAUUUAUAAUAUACUUUAAUAUACUAUAAUAUACUUUAAUAUACUUAGUCUUAAAUAUACUUAGUAUAAUUAUAUAAUAUAUAAUAUAAAAAAUUAGAAUAUAAUAUAUUUAUUUACUUUAUAUAUCUUUAUAUAUAAUAUAUAUAUAUAUAGAAUCUAUUUAUUUACUUUAUAGAAUAGAAAUUUGAUUUCUAAUCUAUUUCCAUAGAUCUAUCUUAUCCGCAUAGCGGCUCAUUCAGGAAUUGAAUCAAAGGGGCCCUUUUAACUCAGCGGUAGAGUAACGCCAUGGUAAGGCGUAAGUCAUCGGUUCAAAUCCGAUAAGGGGCUUUGGCUUUGGCCUUUUUUCAUAAAACCCAGCGGUAGUAUUCUUAUUUGAAGAGGGAAUAGAAAUAUUGUUGAUAUUUGUAAUAAAAAAAGUAAGAAACUCUAUAAUUAAUUCUAAAAUAAAAUUAUAAAUUUUUAAAAAUUAACAUUAUAAUGAUUUAUACCACAUUAAUACUAUCAUAAUAAUGCUAUAUUAAAUUAAUAUUAAUUAUAACUAUAAUAUUAAUUAUAACUAUAAACUAUAAACAUUUAAUUAUAGUUAUAAAUAUAGUUAUAAAGUUGAACAUUUGUUUAGUAUAUUAUAAUGAAUAAUGAUAAAUUGGCUCUUAAAUCGCCAAAUUUUCUUAUUUUCCACUAUUCCAAUCAAAUCAAUUCUAAAAAUUAGAUUAGGAAUCAAUAAAAGAAAAAGUAAGUGGACCUAACCUAUUGCAUCAUGACUAUAUCUACUAUUCUGAUAUUAAAAUUCGAUAUACGAUAUAGAUGAAAUUGAAACAGUAGUUUUUCUUUUUCUUUCAUUUUCAUAUUUCUUUUUCUUUGGACUCCGAAAAAAUCUGUCGAUAUUUCUGAUUAAAGCUUCUUGCUCCUAGUUAUUCUAUAGGAAUAAAUCACUAUUCCCUUCCUCCAUAGAAAAGUUUAUUCGAAGUCAUAACAUAAGACAUAGAAGAGACUUUUAAAAUAUCUUUCUUUGAUUCCAGAACACAAAAUCAAUUUAUAUUGAUAUAUAUAUAUAUACCUAUAUGAGAUUUAUAUAUAAUAAGAUUGAUAUAUAUAUCAGAUCAUGGCUUCAUGUACUAAAUAUUUUCAUAUCGAUGCAUACAAUAUUUUUUUCCGACAAUGUAAUGUAGAAUAAGUGUGAGAAAUUUCAUUUUCUAAUACUUUCAUUUAAAGUUUUCUAUUUAUUGAAUAGUGUAUUGAAUUUAAUAAUAGGAAAAUUCUCUUUCUUCUUUUCUGAAGAUAUAAAGUAAAUAGAAAAAAUAUUCGAAGUGUCUUUCUUGCUUUGACCUGCGAAAUAUUCUGGUUUUUUUAUCUGAAGGAAAAAGAAAUAUAACAAAAAAUGGCAAAAGGGAAAUAAAAGAAAGAUGGCGAGAAAAAAUAAAGUAUAAAAUAAUAAAGUAUAGGAUACUAUAGCAAUUUAAUGCACAUAGAAAUUAGAAGAAUACGUAAAAAUAUUGAUUUUUAGAAAUCUCAUGAACAAGAUCCAAGAAUAAGAUUAGUUUGAUAGAAUGAGAGAAGUAAGUCUGAGGAUCAACUAGUAAGGAGAGGGGGAUCACUUAUUCCUUGAACAGUUCUUUCAAAAAAUUAAUCUAUCUGAUUGAUGAGUCAUAAAAAAAUUCAUGAUUCGUGCGGUUAUUAAGACUAUAAGAAGGAAUAACCGAAUUGAAUUCAUGAAUUUACCUAAAUCGGGUUAUAGACCGAUAAAGAAUUUUUUUCUUCGAAACCCAUUAGAAAAGAAAUUAGAAGGGGCAGUGUACGAAAAAUCAAAUCAUACAUAAAUGAUAGAAGUUUCAAAGGCCCUGAAAAUGCUAUGAGGUGUUCGGAAAUGGUUGAAGUAGUUGAAUAGGAGGAUCACUAUGACUAUAGCCCUUGGUAAAUUUACCAAAGACGAAAAUGAUUUAUUUGAUAUUAUGGAUGACUGGUUACGGAGGGACCGUUUCGUUUUUGUAGGUUGGUCCGGUCUAUUGCUCUUUCCUUGUGCCUAUUUCGCCGUAGGGGGUUGGUUCACAGGUACAACCUUUGUAACCUCAUGGUAUACCCAUGGAUUGGCGAGUUCCUAUUUGGAAGGCUGCAACUUCUUAACCGCCGCAGUUUCUACUCCUGCUAAUAGUUUAGCACAUUCUUUGUUAUUAUUAUGGGGUCCUGAAGCACAAGGAGAUUUUACUCGUUGGUGUCAAUUAGGUGGUUUGUGGACUUUUGUUGCUCUCCACGGUGCUUUUGGACUAAUAGGUUUUAUGUUACGUCAAUUUGAACUUGCUCGAUCUGUGCAAUUGCGACCUUAUAAUGCAAUCGCAUUCUCUGCUCCAAUUGCUGUUUUUGUUUCUGUAUUCCUGAUUUAUCCAUUAGGCCAGUCUGGUUGGUUUUUUGCGCCUAGUUUUGGUGUAGCAGCUAUAUUUCGAUUCAUCCUCUUUUUCCAAGGGUUUCAUAACUGGACGCUGAACCCAUUUCAUAUGAUGGGAGUUGCCGGCGUAUUGGGCGCUGCUCUGCUAUGCGCUAUUCAUGGUGCUACUGUAGAAAAUACUUUAUUUGAAGAUGGUGAUGGUGCAAAUACAUUCCGUGCCUUUAACCCAACUCAAGCUGAAGAAACUUAUUCAAUGGUCACCGCUAACCGCUUUUGGUCUCAAAUCUUUGGGGUUGCUUUUUCCAAUAAACGUUGGUUACAUUUCUUUAUGUUAUUUGUACCAGUAACCGGUUUAUGGAUGAGCGCUCUUGGAGUGGUCGGUCUGGCUCUGAAUCUACGUGCCUAUGACUUCGUUUCUCAGGAAAUCCGUGCAGCGGAAGAUCCUGAAUUUGAGACUUUCUACACUAAAAAUAUUCUCUUAAACGAAGGUAUUCGUGCUUGGAUGGCGGCUCAAGAUCAGCCUCAUGAAAACCUUAUAUUCCCUGAGGAGGUUCUACCACGUGGAAACCUCUUUAAUGGAACUUUAUCUUUAGCCGGUCGUGACCAAGAAACCACCGGUUUCGCUUGGUGGGCCGGGAAUGCCCGACUUAUCAAUUUAUCCGGUAAACUACUGGGAGCUCAUGUAGCUCAUGCUGGAUUAAUCGUAUUCUGGGCUGGAGCAAUGAACCUAUUUGAAGUGGCUCAUUUCGUACCGGAGAAGCCAAUGUACGAACAAGGAUUAAUUUUACUUCCCCACCUAGCUACUCUAGGUUGGGGGGUAGGUCCUGGUGGGGAAGUUAUAGACACCUUUCCAUACUUUGUAUCCGGGGUACUUCACUUAAUUUCCUCUGCAGUAUUGGGCUUUGGCGGUAUUUAUCAUGCACUUCUGGGUCCUGAGAUUCUUGAAGAAUCUUUUCCAUUUUUUGGUUAUGUAUGGAAAGAUAGAAAUAAAAUGACAACAAUUUUAGGUAUUCACUUAAUCUUGCUAGGUAUAGGUGCUUUUCUUCUAGUAUUCAAGGCUCUUUAUUUUGGGGGCGUAUAUGAUACCUGGGCUCCGGGGGGGGGAGAUGUAAGAAAAAUUACCAACUUGACCCUUAGCCCAAGUGUUAUUUUUGGUUAUUUACUAAAAUCUCCCUUUGGAGGAGAAGGAUGGAUUGUUAGUGUGGACGAUUUGGAAGAUAUAAUUGGAGGACAUGUAUGGUUAGGUUCCAUUUGUAUACUUGGUGGAAUCUGGCAUAUCUUAACCAAACCUUUUGCAUGGGCUCGCCGUGCACUUGUGUGGUCUGGAGAGGCUUACUUGUCUUAUAGUUUAGGUGCUUUAUCCGUUUUUGGUUUCAUUGCUUGUUGCUUUGUCUGGUUCAAUAAUACCGCGUAUCCUAGUGAGUUUUACGGGCCUACUGGACCAGAAGCUUCUCAAGCUCAAGCUUUUACUUUUCUAGUGAGAGAUCAACGUCUUGGGGCUAACGUGGGAUCCGCUCAAGGACCUACCGGGUUAGGUAAAUAUUUAAUGCGUUCGCCUACCGGAGAAGUUAUUUUUGGAGGAGAAACUAUGCGUUUUUGGGAUUUGCGUGCUCCUUGGUUAGAACCUCUAAGAGGUCCAAAUGGUUUGGACUUGAGUAGGUUGAAAAAAGACAUACAACCUUGGCAAGAACGCCGUUCCGCGGAAUAUAUGACCCAUGCGCCUUUAGGUUCGUUAAAUUCUGUAGGUGGCGUAGCUACCGAGAUCAAUGCAGUCAAUUAUGUCUCUCCUAGAAGUUGGUUAGCUACCUCUCAUUUUGUUCUAGGGUUCUUCCUAUUCGUAGGUCAUUUAUGGCAUGCGGGAAGGGCUCGUGCAGCUGCAGCAGGAUUUGAAAAAGGAAUUGAUCGUGAUUUUGAACCUGUUCUUUCCAUGACUCCUCUUAACUAACUGAGACAAGAGAUCCAAUAUUUAAAGUAGAAAUAAAUUUGAUUCUACAAUACAUAUUGAUUGGGUGGAUCAGGUCAUACUUAAAAAGUAUUUCUUUUUCCUUUUUUUUAUUUUCAACUCAUUUAGAUCUAAUCCAUUUUUUUUCUGGCUCGGCUAUCCCACCUAGCCGAGCCAUUUAUAUUUAUGAUACUGGGCCAGUCAAAACCAAUAUAGACAUAAAUCUAUUCAUCGAGAAAAGGAGAGAGAGGGAUUCGAACCCUCGAUAGUUCUUUGCGAACUAUACCGGUUUUCAAGACCGGAGCUAUCAACCACUCGGCCAUCUCUCCGAAAGAUAAUUUCUAUUUUAUUAUUUUAUUUUUUUUUUCGCGAAUAGAACAUGGCCAUAGGAGUUGAUACUAUCAUUGUACUAUAGAAAGAUAUUAGGUGUGAGUCGAUAAGUCUAUUUAUCUAUCUGUAAUAUAUAGAUAGAUGCAGGAUCUAGCAUGACCAUUUGUGAAGUAAAAAACUACUCUCGACCCCAUGUUCAAAUAAAAAAUGGGAAAGGGGUGGUAAUAAGUCAUAUAGAAUCAAUGGAUUCAUGGCACAAUCCCCCAUGAUGCAUUUUUUUUACAAUUUUUUUGGCUGAUAGAGGGAUCAAAUGGUAUAGUUCUUUUGUUGGUAGCUUGGAGGAUUAGAAACAUGACUAUUGCUUUCCAAUUGGCUGUUUUUGCAUUAAUUGCUACUUCAUCAAUCUUACUGAUUAGUGUACCUGUUGUUUUUUCUUCUCCUGAUGGUUGGUCGAGUAACAAAAAUGUUGUAUUUUCCGGUACAUCAUUAUGGAUUGGAUUAGUCUUUCUGGUAGGUAUCCUUAAUUCUCUCAUCUCUUGAACCUAUUUGUUCCAGAUACAAAAAUGAACUGAAAAUGACCCCUCCCCCGAAUUCUUUCGGGUUGCGAAACACAUUAAAAUUCAAUAUAAGUCUAAGUUCCCAAAAUGUAAAAUACAAAUAAAGAAAACAAAAAAUUAGAGGGAGGGGU